AUGGAAGUCCCUGAGACAAGCAUUAAGGCUUUCAUUGAGACCUGGCAGUGUGUGGAAAAGGAACAUGAUGCAGCUGAGAUGAACUUCCACGGAAAGCUGCAGAAGUGGCUUUCCAACGAGGUCGACCAUUUCGGUGAAGAAAAUGUGGCUCAAGAGCUGCCGUGGAGUCAGAGUGAAGAGGCCUGGAACACAGACGAAACCAUCUUCAAAGAGCAGGUUGACAGGUUGAGGUCUGUUGACGUGAAUCUAAGAGGAGAUCAGGAAUCUGCUGACUUAGCCGACCUCCAACGACAGUUUGACAAACGGCAGAAGCACCUGGCCAUUCGCGAGACCCAAAGGGUCCAGAUAGAGGCUUGGUAUCAAGGAAGGGCCAGGAUUUUAGAUGCUGAAAAUGCAAAUCCCAGCUCACCGUUGCAAGGCCAUGAAAGCGAGGAAAACUUAGAGCACUCUCAUCACACCGUGUCUACAAAAUAUUUGCAUUCUGAAAUAGAACGUUUGAGGCGGGAUAAUGAUUCUCUGAGGAAAAAGUACUUUGAAAAGGAUCAGUACUUUGACCAUGUAUUCACGCUGGAGACACAGGCGUGGAGGCAGGAGAAGGAGCAGCUUCAAAACACAAUAACAAAUCUGGAAAAUGACCUUCAGAACAUGGAGGAGAUGAAGCAGGAUUUGUGUGUAGAAAACGCAGAUCUAAAGAGCAGAUUCAUUAGUUUUCAGACAGUAAGGGAUCAAGCUCAUCUCGAAUGGAUGACAAAGGAGCUGCACUACGAGAGAGAGUUAGACCAGGCGGCCGACUCAAAGAUUGUGUUUUUGCGACGUUUGUUACAGAUGCAGCAGCAGCUCCGGGAGAGGGAUGCAACUAUCAGACAGCGGCAGGAGGAGCUGGAGCAAGAACAGGCCAUGGUCAGGGAAAAAUCUGAAGAGAUAAAACAGACCAAGGCCCAUGUGCAGCUGGAGUUGGAACGACUGGAGGUCAGAAGACUUCAGGAGAGAGGGGAGCAUGAGAACAGUCUGUACAAGUCGUUUGAUAGACAAAGAGACUUGGAAUCAGAGAUGCUGGACCUCAAACAAACUAUUGAGCACAAGAACAUGGAAGUUGCGUGGGAACAAAAGCUUCUGGAAAUGAUAGAACCAGCCCCCGAAACCAAGCCUGAGACACACACCGACACAGAGAAGCGAGGGGACAGGCCCAGAUGGUGCAGUCACGGCUGUCAGUGCGAACCGCGUUUCCCACAAUGCACCUGUGACAGCUGCCGCGUGUUCAGCAGCGCGGCUACACCGACUAAUUAUCACCAGACGGACCUCAGCGCGUCGCCACAGAAACCAGAGGCAGGCACCAGCAGGGACAAGAGAAGCUUUAUUAUGGGCUGUUUGCUGUAG